CUCCACACAGGGGAUGAGACAGGACCUGGUCCAUGGAGAUCCCCGCUCCACCUCCCUGCAGGAGGCGCAGGUGCCCCACGACAGCAGCAGAGCCCAGGACGCGCUCAGGUGGGGAGCUGGACCAUCAGGGAGCAGGGAUGAGACCCACAGGGUGUGGAGCCUCCAGCGACACAGGCUGGAGAAGCUGGUGGCAAACCUGGUGCCUGCCAUGCUGGGCGGCCACCCCUCCUACUUGCGCACAUUCCUGGGCAGCUAUAGAUCUUUCGCCACCGCCCAGCAGGUGCUGGACCUUCUGUUCCAAAGAUACGGAUGCAUCCUCCCUUCUAGCGAUGAGGACGAUGGACCCCUGCACCAGCUGAAACAGGCCAUGACCUCCAUCCUGGGCACCUGGUUGCACCAGUACCCAGAGGAUUUCCACCAGCCUCCAGAAUUUCCCUGCCUGAAGACCGUGCUCGCCUACAUAGAGCUGAGCAUGCCUGGCUCUGACCUGAAGCACUGGGUCCACUUUCUCCUGUCAGAGCUGGAGCACCUGGAGCUUCCGGACACAGAGGGUGAUGCACCAGCUCCAGAACCCGCUGGGGAAACCCCUCUGGAUGGAGCGCCAGCUCCAGCUCUCCUGCCUGCGACAGCACCAGAGCCAGAGCAGAGGGACACGCGGUCCUGUGAGGCAGCGGCCUCCUCCCUCUUGUCUGCUGUGGACCCAGGGCCCAGCUCAGGGCCUCCAUCAGCACUCCCUGAGACCCUCCCCUUGGGGAGUGCCUGGUCACCUCAAGAUGAAGGGAAGGACUUCAAAUAGAAGGCGACCCCAAACCUUUGAUCUUAGAGAAUUUGUUUUCUUCUAGCAGUGAGACUGAUGUGUGUGUGUGCAAAUGUUGCCUGUUUGACAUCCAUGGAGCCAGCAGCAUGCAUGCCAUUCCUCAUACGGCCACCAGAGGGAGGUGUGUAACUGCUUAUGACAAACACUCUGCUCCAUUCAAAUACGGUCCUUUCCAAUUGAGCCUUCAUCAGAAUAUUUUGUAAACUGAGGAUUUCUUUAAGCUAUAGUGAUUUGCUUUUCUUCUUCAAUCUCAUUUGGAAGCUAAUAUAAAUACACUAUAAGUCACAAAUAUAAGGUGAAGCACUGAGUGGACGUUGUCCCUUGUGACACAUAAACAUGUAUAUAA